AUGGCAGUGUCAGCGCCUUCGGCUAUCCGGUACCCGGACGUGUUCAACGUGGCGGUGCCGCUUAUCGAUCACCACCUGGAAGAGGGGCGGGGCUGGAAGACGGCCAUCAUCUUCGACGACACCGGCGAGACGGUCACCUAUGCGCAACUGGUGGAGCGGGUCAACCGCUGCGGCAACCUGCUGCGGUCGCUGGCGGGGGAUCCGAGGGCCGGGUACUGAUGGUGGUCAAGGACUGCCCGGAGUUCUUCUACCUGUUCUGGGGAGCCAU